AUGGUGCUUAAAAUCUACGGCACGAAGACGUCGACGUGCACGAAGCGCGUGCUCGCCGUGCUGUACGAGAAGAAGGCUGGCUUACUGCACCCGUUCGGCAAGGUGCCGGUGCUGGAAGACGACGGCUUCGUGCUGUUCGAGAGCCGGGCCAUUGCCAACUACAUCGCCCGCAAGUUCGCCGGCCAGGGGACCCCGCUGCUGCCUGCCGACGACGACGUGAAGGCGCGCGCGCUGUUUGACCGGCUGCAGGCCGCCUCCCUCGAGGCCUUCUACUAUGACCCGGCUGUGUCGACGCUCGUCACUGAGAAAGUCUUCAAAAAGGGCUACCUCGAGACGUUUGAGAAAUACCCGCACGUCGAGAAGUGGUUUGCGGGGCUGCUGGCGCUCAAGAGCUGGUAG